CAUUGCUAGUUGUCAUCCUCGACAGCUUUGAAGGGUGGUGUAGCACUUGUCAUCGUUCAGAUACUUUUAUCUAAUCUUUCCCGGCUCGGUUCAAGUUGACACUUUGUAGACACUUGACACUUUGCGACAACCUGUGCACGAUAUAUUAGUCGCGACACGUUCAUCUUUCUGACACCUGAAAUUAAGGAACUCGCAAGAUGGACCGUAUAAGAGGAUCCGUGUUAAAUUUUAACUGGGUGACAGUCGAGUUCUUCACUCAAGGAUGGGAUUAUUUCUUUCGGCUCGAGGGACUGACCCUUGUGAUUCUCUGUACUUUGGUUGGAGUUGUCGAUUAUCUCAGAGGAAAUGAGCUGUCAUGUAUGCUUACGCACUGGGCUCUUAUUGUAUUGGUACGGCGAUUCAUGGUGGGUGGUAUUUGCACCUCAGGAAAACGUGUAGAUGGAAAAACUGUUGUUAUAACAGGUUGUAAUGUUGGUAUUGGAAAAGAAACUGCCCUAGAGUUAAGUAGAAGAGGUGCAAAGAUCAUUAUGGCUUGUCGAGACACAAAAAAAGCUGAAAAGGUUGCAUUAGAAAUAGAAAGAGAAACUGGAGGGGAGGUGGUUGUUAUGAAAUUAGACCUGGCAUCCCUCACUUCUAUUAGAACAUUUGCAGGGGAAUUGAAAACCAAAGAGAAAAUGAUACACAUGCUGAUCAAUAAUGCUGGCAUAAUGAUGUGCCCAUUCAUGAAGACAGAAGAUGGGUUUGAAAUGCAGAUGGGAACCAAUCAUUUCGGCCAUUUCCUUCUGACCAACCUUCUUCUUCCCCUGCUAACUCAUUCAGAACCUGCUCGCAUUAUCACUCUUAGUUCUCUUGCACACCUCCGUGGAACCAUACCUUUUGAUGAUAUGAAUUAUGAAAAGGGCUAUGAUAGAAUUCAGGCUUAUGGAAACAGUAAGGUUGCAAAUGUUCUCUUCACUCGACAUCUUGCCAAAAAAGUGAAAGGCACUAACAUCACCGUUUUCUCUGUCCAUCCGGGAGCUGUCCAAAGUGAACUUGCACGUCAUAUUGGGGGAGACAUCUUGAAGUACUUCAUGCCCUUUUUUGUCAAGAAGACUGCAGAAGGCAUGCAAACAACUCUUUAUUGUGCCUUGGAGGCAGAGCAAGAUGAUGAGCAUUAUUAUUUCAGUGACUGCCAAGUUAGUUAUGCAUCAUCUUAUGCCAGAAGUGAUGAAACAGCUAAGAAGUUAUGGGAUCUUUCAGAGAAGAUGGUGGGACUGAGCAGUUAAUAUAUGUGACACUUUCUUAUUUAGAGUGGUUGUAAAUUUUACCUUUUCACUCUAGGAGUGUCAUAUUUCGGGUGUGUGUGUGUGAAUGUUUUUGGAUGGAAACUAUGGCCUUACUAAUGACCAAGAAAGUACAUGGAAUAAUUCUUAACCUGUAAACCAUUACUUUUAGUCAUUCCUGUGUAACAAAUUUUAUUCCAGUCCAAGACAGGUUUUAAAGAAUGUCUCCAGGACUAAAAUUUCUUUGCAGUACCCCUUUUGCCAAGCAGCACUAUUCUCAGCUAUUCAAUUGACAAUCACAUGACUUUAUUUUCCUCAUUUCAAAUGGGUGUCUGAUGACAAGGCUUUUAACUUUACCAUGUUUUGUUUUUAUUAGUUACCUGUUUUGUUUUUAUUAGUUACAUAUCUAAAAACUAAUUCCUUAGGCAUGCCAUAUUCAAACUUGGUCUUGUUAAGGGGGCCGGCCGGCUAAUGCCCUUUUUUAAGGACAGGACUUUGAUAUUCAUACCACUUAAUAAGGUGACUUGGGACAUCUCCAAACCGCAUAUGAUUUUCGCCUCUGACCUUCGGUUUUGUGACGCCAGGGCGAUUUAUCCCGAAAAUAACCAUUUUUCAAAUUCUAUCUCCUCCCUUGAUAUUUAAUAUUAAGACCUGGGAUUACUACCAUAUAUAGACCUGAUGUAGACCUCCAAUCGAAUGGAGAGUUUUUUUUCUAAAAGUCAUUUUUUUGCUAGAUAUGAAUUUUUCAAUAUGGUCAAAAAAUAAACCCUAUAAAUCAAGAGAAAAAAUUUAUAAAAAAAAUACGAAACAAAAAUUGGAAAAAAGGGCUCUAUUUGAUUGUUCUAUAAUGUCUUUCUGAGUUAUAUACCAAAUUCCAAUGUUAUAGCUUUAAAACUAAGUGAGAAGAUAGAUUUUGAAGGUCAAUGAGUAUAGUUUUGAGAUACGGGCGUUCAAAGUUUUCCUUCGUAUUUCUAUAAAGACAAUAUUAAUAAAUAAUGAUUAUUAUGAAUGUAUAUUUGUUUUUUGUGUAUUAAUAAACCAAAACUAUUUUAUUUAUCAUAAUUUAAUCAUAAAUGAUGAUCCCUUUGCUCAUAUAUCGCAGCCUGGGACACUGCUUGAGGCAAGAUGGGGCACUCCUUCCUACGCAAUUCUCUCUCUCCCCUUCACUAACUCUGCUUAUUACAGCGAAUUUUCUUCUUCUGUAUGGUAGCGAGAUGUUUUCCUUGUAUUUUCUUCCUAGGCAUGAUGAAAUUCUUGCCCGAAACAAAGAUAAACAAACGUAAUCGCAAGAGAAUGUCAAGAGGUGAAACUCGAAGGCGUACACUUUUUUUACAAAGACAAUUUAAUAAAUCAUGAUUAUUAUGAAUUUCAUAUUCCAUUUUGGGUAUUAAAAAACCAAAACUUUGUUAUUUAUCAUAAAUGAAGAUCUCUUUGCUCAAAGAUCGUAGCCUUAGGCACAGUGUGACGUGUGCUGUCAAGCAAGACGGGGGCGUAACUAAGCAACCCUCCCCUCUCUCUUCACUAACUACGCAUAUAUUAUGAUAUUCUGUAAUAAUACUUGAGCGAUUUUUCUUCGUCUGUAUGUUAGCGAGAUGUUUCCCUUGUCUUUUCCUCAUUGGCAUGAUGAAAUUCUUGCCGAAACAUACAUAAACAUACAUGAAAGCAGGCGAAUGUCAGACGUGAAAAGGAACAUGUAGACUACUUGACGUCUGUGAUCGCACUAAGUCAGGAGUGAGGACUGGACUUGGUAGCUUGAGCCUGAAGUCUCCUUCUCGACUCGGGGAAUGUCUACAGAUGCCAUUUCUCCCAAUUUCUUUGACAAUAAUUAUCAAAAUUUACGAUAAUAGAAGAAAUAUUGCAUUUUCUUGUACGGAUCAAUGUUUUAGGCUUAUUGAGUUACGUUAACUAAUUACCCUGUAACUACGAAAGUAAGAGGAAUUUUGACGAAAUAUUUCGUAUACGUAUUCUCAAUUGCCAUAUGAAGCUCCAUGAAUUUUUUCAUGACUUUGCAUUUUUCGCCCUAUACCUCCAUAUAUAGAGGUUCCGGCCGGCCCCCUUAAAAUGCACUAUUAUAAUAACUUAUGAUAACAUAUGGUCAUAUAAUGGUGACAAUAUACAUGUUCUUCAGGCAACCACAAACCAUAAGAGAUGAAUCACCUGAUGUAGUGGCAAUUUUAGUGGCCAUUUUAUUGUGUAACUAUAGACAUACUGUACUGCAUUGACUGUCUACACAUUAAAUUUAGAUUUAAAUUUAUAAAGGUGUCAAUUUUGCACAAAAAGUUUGCUUCUUAUUGCUGCUUUUUUACUCUGAAGCAUCCUGCUCUCUAACUUUAGGGCGAGUGUUCUUAGCAAACCCAGAAGUGUAACCUUCCCUCCAACAGAAAAAGAAACUACCAUAGCAGACCUUGGUUCAGUUAUUACCUUUCAGAUAAGAAAUUUAGUCAGGCACCUCAAGCCUAAAAUUUGACUGGUCUGGUGAAAAUAAUUAACUGGUAUUUUUUUUGAAAAUUUCGUGUAAUUUGAUCUAUAUUUUUAGUAGAUGAGAUCUGAUGCCAGGGAUUUCUUAGUAGUACUGAAUAUGUAAGUUAUUUAAUUUUUGGGAUAAUUAUAUGAUGAGCACAAAGUCAAGAUAUUUUUCUAAGAACAAAUAUUUGUCAAGUUAUGCGUGACUAGUAAAAUUUUAUCAGAAUAGCUGUACCUUUAAGAAAAAUUGUAUUGAUGUUAAAUGAAGUUAGUAUUGUUAUUAAAUGAAGCUAUUUUA